CCCACAUCUUAUCUUAUCGCUGUUGCCUUGGCGCGUCCGCUCGAUCCGAUCGACAUCAUCGCUCGAUCUCUCUGCCUGCUAGUACUCCGCACUACAAUAGGGGGUGCAGGGAUCAAUCUCUCCUGAGCUUUCUCGCGCGCGCACAAUGGCUUGAUAACCUUUAUUUUACCGUGGUGUGUCGCCAUGCCCACAGACAAUCACAUAAAACGCAAACCGGUCCCUCAACCUUCCGCCGAUGGAACUGUUCGCGGCGUGAUCGCCCUCUCGACUUCGACACCCAGGGAAGUACCGUCGCUGCUGCGACCAGGGCCACAACCACAACCACCACCAGAGCCAGAACCGCGAUCGCGAUCGCGAUUACAGCCUCCACUUCAAUUGCAACCAGGACCUCAGCAACAACAAAAACCACCUUAUCAUCAUCAUCAUCAUCAUAACCAUUCUCCUCAUCCACCGCCCGCCUAUGCGCCUCGACACCCCCAAGCCACCAAAACCCACCACCCCUCCGCCGCCCAAAAAGCCUACAGCUCAACCCUCUACUUUCUCGGCGGGCUAAUAGCGCACCCCACAAACAGCACAAAACAGCACACAAUCCUGCGCCACUCCCCCGGAGUUAUCUUCUACCGAGGAAGCACAACCUCCCUCACCCUAUCCCUCUUUUCCUCCACACCCCUCCCAGCAGACCGCACUUUAUGGCUCCAAAGCAAAGGCUGGAGCGGCAAGACGGGAAUGCGAACAAAAGCCCUCCUUCACCUCACCGACUCCUGGCUGGAGGUUACCCCAACUCUCCCAGCGCAAGCCUCCCAAGUCGACCCGGCUGACGAACGAGCCUGGCAGCGCGACAUCGCCAAAUUUCGGAAAAAGGCUACCGGGCGGGCGGUGGGACAUGUGUUGCGGGAAACGGUAGUGGUGAGGGUUCCUGUGGAGGCGGGGGACGGGUACUUUCAGGUUGUGUUGUGUGGAGGAGGUGGCGAGAGGAAUAGAAAGAAGGUGUUGUGUUAUAGUCCUGUGUUCCGGGUGUUGUCGACGAGCUAUAGUCCGAGUUCGGUGCGUGGGGCCAGUUUGGCGACGAUGCCGUUGGAGGUGGGCGCGUUGGUGCUGGGCAUGUAUGCGCAGACGGCGGCGGAGGCGGUUGUGGCCCCCGUUACGGCGGCCGUGAAGGGGAGGGUUAAGGCGGUGCAGCCGUCGUGGGUGAAGGAGACAGCGGUGCAGACAGUUUAUGAGGUUAGUGGGGCCGGAGGGAUGGUGGGGGAGGUUUUAAGGCGUGGGGAUGGGAGGGAGGUAGAAGGUGGGUAUCAGAUGGGUGUGUCGGAGGAGGGGCCUAAAGCGCCGUUUCCAGUGGAUUUUACGGCGAGGGUGGAUGGCGAUGGGGGAGAGGAGGGGGGGAGGCUUAGACUGAGGAGGGUCCCGGAUGCUGUGGCAGAGAGGUAUCAUGGGUUCUUCUUCGGGUGGGCGAGGAUGGAGGUUGGUGCUGGGCCGUGGCUGGGUGUCAUUCUCUCGAUUGUGUACUGGGACCCAACGCAGGAAACGAGGGUGAAUCUCUCCCAGGCCAUGACGAAAGUCACAACUCUCCGAUUUAUCGAUGACCCUAUUUUACCUGCUGGACAGUCCCGUCUGCAGAUCCGACUCAUGGGGUUUCUUCGUCCGGAUAUUCCCCCUCCGAGAGGCCAGACAGAAAGGGAGCUCAUCGCUGCGCGAGACGCUGCAGCUGAGGCGGCGAUGCUCGCUGACGCGUGUGAUGUGGCUCACGUGCAGGGUAUCCUGGAACAUCCUGCUUGGGCCGCGGAAUCUCUGGUGUCCAGAGCAGACGGGAAUAGCAGUUGGAGUGUCGAGAAUGUCAAGUACCAUGGACAAAGGCUCGCGGGGAAGAUGCCUCUGCAUUGGGUUGGGGUGAGGGCGCAGACGGCUGAGGUCAGAGAUAAGAAGAUUGCGGUGAAUGGGUUCUAUAUUGUCAGGGGAUGAUCGUCAUUCGAUUCUUGGAGAUAUGUGCUUUUCAAUGGUUCAAUAUGGGGUGCAAGUGGGAGUUGGUAUAUUGGUGUUUGGAAGUAGGGGUGUUGGAUAUGAGGCCGUUCAUAGUAUCCCUAUGUCGGUAUAUCCUUCCCGGGGUGGGAGCGGAUAUUCAAUUCACCCACCCCACCAUCCUCGACAUGAUAUACUGGAGAGAUGAAAUGCUGGACUUGGUUAUCCUUCGCUCUUCAGUGAAAGGGAACCAUAUUGAAGGUCGCCUGUCACUGUAAAUUCGCC